AUUGCCCAGUUAUAUAACGCAGCAAAGUUUGGGAAGGAGGAUGCGAUACGGAAGCUAUUAGCAGAAGGGGUCGAACCUGAUCUCAAAAGUCUUCGGCAUGUCUCUCCACUUUGGAUUUCCGCAACACGUGGUCAUCUCAAAGUAGUUCAAAUACUACUCAGUACUAAACUUGUCGACGUCAAUUCGCAAAGCACAACUGGUCGCCCUCCUAUCUUUUGGGCCGCUGCAUCCGGAUACCACGAUAUCGUUAGGCUAUUAUUACAAGCAGGGGCGGACCCUAGCCUUAUAGACGAAAAUGGGAAUACUCUUCUUUCGAUAGCGAAGCAAAAUGGACAUGAUAAGAUUACCAAAAUGUCAGCUUGUAAAUAG